AGCAAUAAGGAAUCGCGCGAUUGGGGCAGGUAGAGAGAGAGAGAGAACUCGAGAGACGAUGAACAAGUCGUGGUAAGAUUUUGAGAAAGAAGACGAAGAUGGAGAGUAUCUGGCGAAUCGCUACGGGACAAGAUCCGAGCCGUGAAGAUUACGAAGGGAUCGAGUUCUGGUCCAACCCCGAGCGUUCUGGUUGGCUCACGAAGCAAGGCGAUUACAUCAAAACCUGGCGCCGCCGCUGGUUCGUUCUCAAACGAGGGAAGCUUCUCUGGUUCAAAGAUCAAGCAACUGCUGGGAUUCGUGGAUCUACGCCGCGUGGUGUGAUCUCUGUUGGUGAUUGUCUCACCGUGAAAGGAGCUGAGGAUGUUGUGAACAAGCCUUUUGCGUUCGAGCUAUCUAGUGGUAGCUAUACCAUGUUCUUCAUCGCUGAUAACGAGAAGGAGAAAGAAGAGUGGAUUAAUUCGAUUGGGAGGUCGAUUGUGCAGCACUCGAGGUCUGUGACGGAUUCUGAGGUCCUCGAUUACGAUCACAGGCAGUGAUUUACUUUUUUUCUAUCUAAAUGUGUGAUUUUGUUGUCUCCCUCUCUGGAAUGUAACACUCUCUUGUCUUUUAAUUAUGAUGUUAUUGUACCCUUGAUCUUAAUGUAUCUAUGCCUCAAGUUUCAAAUAUCGAUUCUCUCUUCGUUGUGAUU